GCGGGGGGGCGUGGCGCGGCGGUCCCGCCCCCUCCGCGGCGGAGGCGGAGCGGCGCGAAGAUGGCGGCGGAGCCGGGCCCGGGCCCGGGCCCAGACCCAGAGCUGGAGGAGCUGCUCGACAGUGCCCUGGACGACUUCGAGAAGGCCCGGCCCGCUGCCCCCCCGCCGCCGGCCCCCGCCGGGGCGCAGCCCUCGCCCAGCGCCGCCGCCAAGGCCUCCCUCUUCGCCUCGCAGGAGAGGUUUUUCCAGGAGCUGUUUGAGGGGGAGCUGGCCUCGCAGGCGGCGGCCGAGUUCGAGCAGGCCAUGCAGGAGCUGGCCCGGGAGGAGCCGCACUUGGUGGAGCAGUUCCAGAAGCUGUCGGAGGCGGCGGGCAGAGUGGGCAGCGAUGCGGCGUCGCAGCAGGAGUUCACCUCCUGCCUGAAAGAGACGCUGAGCGGCCUGGCCAGGAACGCCACCGACCUGCAGAGCUCCUCGGCCUCGGAGGAGGAGCUGGCGAAGGCGCUGGAGGGGCUGGGGCUGGAGGAGAGCGACGGCGAGGGCAGCGUCCUGCCUGUCAUGCGGAGCAUCAUGCAGAGCCUGCUCUCCAAGGAUGUGCUGUACCCCUCGCUGAAGGAGAUCACCGAGAAGUACCCGGAGUGGCUGCAGCGGCACGGCGGGGCGCUGCCGGCCGAGCAGUACGAGCGGUACCGGGCGCAGCUCGGCGUGAUGGGCCGCAUCUGCCGGCAGCUGGAGGGCGAGCGCCCGGGCGAGGGCGAGGAGGAGCGGCGGGCGCGCUUCGAGACCCUCCUCGACCUCAUGCAGCAGCUGCAGGAUCUGGGGCACCCGCCCAAGGAGCUGGCUGGGGAGUCGCCCCCCGGCUUCAACCUGGACCUGCCGGGGGCGGCAGGUGCUGAGCAGUGCCGACUGAUGUAACGGCGAGGCCAGGGCCCCCCCGCCCCGGGGCUGCGCUGCCGAGGACGGCCCCCUCGCCUCGUUACCCGCUAAUUAAGACUCCGCCGAGGAGGAGGAGGAGGAGGACGAGGAGGAGGCGGCCGAGAGGAGCCGGAGCCGCGGCCGCCCAGGAGCUGGAUGCGGCAGCAGCGGCGCUGCCGUCCGGCGCUGGAGCGGGGGGCUGGUGUGAGGGGGGGGCGGCGCAGGACCCCCCCCCCCGGCCCUGGGGACGUGCGUGUCCCCACCGUGUCCCUAAUAAAGAUGUUGGCAACUGCA